GCUUCCGGACCGGUCUACCUGACGACGCACACUCGUCUGCCAGUUCACAUUGUGGAGACCAGUGAGGUCGAAAGCUAUCUUCAGGAUUAUGCCCAGUACCUGGGACCGGGCCCGCCGACCGAACCAAAUCAGACAGAUACCCCCGUUCCGGCCCUGUCUAGCAUGGAAAUAGCUCCCAUAGAGCCCUCUAACUUGGACGCCUCCCACAUUCCCACAUUCUCAGGUUGGGUGUCAGUUGCCGGCAAACAGACGAUUGCUAACAAGGAAUCCUCUCCGAGUGAAUCUCCGACGAAGGAAGAGGGCCUGAUUCGCCUGAUGGCCUGGACUCCGGGUGGUCUUGGGAUCAGUCUGCGUAAACCACCUCUUCUCCCAUAUGCUAUUCGACGUCGUGGUAGUCGUCUGAUGUAUCUGCGUGAGUACUCCGGCACUAAUACAGAAGCCUCUUCCUUUGAGGACCCCAAGUAG